GAGCGGACGAACCGUCAUCAAGUAAUCUACACUUUUUGAGAUGUGACUCUACCAUUAACUUCAUGUAUUCAUUCUAGUCAACUUAACAUGCCUUCUCCUCCUCCUCUCCAUCAUUACCUACCGACACCGCCAAUGAUAACCCCAACUCCAUCCUCAUCACCUCAAUCACAAAUUGUCAUUCAACUCAACACAAUCCUCACAAUAGCAGCAGCAGAUUUCCCUCAUUUUUAUCCCUCAGACUUACCAACUCAAGCUUUUCAGCCCGUUUACAAUAUAUUCAACGACGGUUCCCUCGUAGCGCCCCCCUUCUUCGAUGACCUUUGCACCACCUACCUCGCACUCGUCAUCAUCGCCUGCCUCUUCACCGUAUUCGCAAGGAAUAUCUACACCUCAAUUGCAUUCAUAUGGUCCGGUAAAGUUCGCAAGAAGAGUCUCUUGUACACCGUAUUCUUCAGUCAACUUCUCGCAAUCCCUGCACUAUUACCUUUGCUUAUCGCCCAAUUUCACCCUGCUUUCGAUUGUCAACUCAUCUUACGCGUAACCGUCGCUAGCGGCGGAAUAUCCCUCUCUUUAUUGGUGCGUUCCACAAAUCACUUCUCUAUCCCUUCAUACCUCAUAUCUACACAGAUAACUGGUAUUCUAGGCGUCAAGGCUUACCGAUGCCUAGACAACUCUCGCUUAGUUCUAGUCGUCUUAGCCGCCCUCAGGAGUGCCGCACUUGUUCUCCUGGCUCUCGAUCUAGUCUCACUCCGUAGUCAUCGCAGUCUUGCAGGGCGCUGCUAUCGACCAUCUGAUUCCAUCUCAUAUGCUUUCAUAAUACUUUUGUUCGUCGAAUCGUUCUUCGUUUGUCUUUGCUUUCUUUAUGCUGUUUGGAAAUCCAAUGGCUCUGCCGCUGUCCGGGGCAGAAUCACCGUAUCACUUUCUCUUGACGAUGUCGCUGAUCCCCCUCUCGACACUCGGAAAGAGAGCAUCGAGAGUCACAAGACCGCAAACAGUCGCCGCGGCUGGUGGGACUAUGUUUCUACUGUAGACCAUCCUGGUCCCCUUUCGCCCAGAUCCCGCAGGACUCAGUCUCUCACCCAUGACCCGACUAUUCUCAUGGGCGCCCGAGACGGUCUUUUCAAGUUUCGUACAGGUGAAAGAGUACGUGAUGCGGAGAAUGUGCCCUCUAGACCCCCGCUGCCUACAGAAUUCCCUCUCACUCGCACAUCGACAGUCCGCGUGUCCACUACAAUACCAAAUAUUCACAACGACGCCCUCCCAAUUCCUCGGCGGUCUUCUUCUCCCGCCGUCUCGUCCAUAAGUCGCAUAAGUCGGUAUAUGCCUCGAGUGAAAUUGUUUAGAGAAGUCAUGAGAGAUGAAUUAUUCUACACUACCUUUAUCACCGCUUCCACCGUCACUUCCGUCAUAAUGACUAUAGUCGGUGUUAACAGCGCGGGCCCAGCCGACCAUGUGGCUUGGAUGGGUUUUGAUUGGGUCUUGAUUUCGUAUCUUGUGAUGCACAGUUUUGGUCGCGUCAUCCGCAGGCACGAAACCGAAGCCUUACUACAGCAGCCUAGUACUUGGCAUCGUAAUGUGCGUGCAAACCGCACUACCGCAGAGCUCGACGACGGGAGGGUAAGAGCUAACCGGUCUUCCUUUGGACGAUCAUUUCAAGUGCGCACCCGCCACUGUCCAAUAACUCGUCGGCAUGACGCUGCUGAAGGUUUAUGCGAUCCCUCCACCCGAUACAUGACGACUUCUCAUUCCCCAAGAGGAGAUACUAAUGUGUUCUCUCUACACAGAGUUGAUACCAGAAAUAAUACCGCCUUACCCACUCAUCCGCCCACCCCCGAAGUCGACUAUUUUCCCUCUGAUUCUUCAUCAUGUCAUAGAAGUGAUACUAAACACGCGGAGGAAAACAUCUUGGGGUACCGGUAUGAUGAUAGUUUACCUAGUUUACCACCACGUCCUCAUUCAGACGAUCAACAUUCAUUCCAAGCUAGUCCCAUUGUAAUAUAGAUACUGCACAUCCAAUUUACUUGCACUGCAAUAGAGCUUGUGAUAUGAGGGGGGGCUAAACUAUGACUUGGUCAGGACUUGAGCCUGGUGAUCUCUGUUAUUACAUCAAAAGAGGGGGAAAGAGGCUCUUUGCUUUGAG